AGGAGAGCCUUCCUUAGUCUACUUGUGUCGGAUUAAACCGUGAAAAGCCCUCCUCGGCUUCCCAGCUGUGUCUGCUUGUAUUCGCGCCGCGCAACCAUGAACGUCUUCAGGCUGACAGGAGACCUCUCUCAUCUGGCUGCUAUUAUCAUCCUGCUGCUAAAAAUAUGGAAAACCAGGUCUUGUGCAGGGAUCUCUGGGAAGAGCCAAAUUCUCUUUGCCCUCGUGUUCACCACGCGUUACCUGGAUCUGCUCACCUCUUUCAUCUCGCUGUACAACACGUCCAUGAAGGUGAUAUACAUCGGCUGUUCGUACGCCACCGUCUACCUGAUCUACAUGAAGUUCAGGGCCACCUACGACGGAAACCAUGACAGCUUCAGGGUGGAGUUCCUGGUCGUUCCCGUCGGGGGUCUCGCUGUUCUCAUCAACCAUGAUUUCUCUCCCCUCGAGAUCCUUUGGACGUUCUCCAUCUACCUGGAGUCUGUGGCGAUCCUGCCUCAGCUCUUCAUGAUCAGCAAGACCGGAGAGGCCGAGACCAUCACCACUCACUACCUGUUCUGCUUGGGCCUGUACCGGGCCCUCUACCUCUUCAACUGGAUCUGGCGUUACUACUUCGAGGGCUUCUUCGACAUGAUCGCCAUUGUGGCAGGCGUGGUGCAGACUGUCCUCUACUGUGACUUCUUCUACCUUUAUGUUACCAAAGUGUUGAAAGGUAAGAAGCUGAGCCUGCCGGCGUAAAGGGCGACUGGAGGAGACAGCAGCUCCCAGCAGACUCGGUGGGGAGGGGGUAGCAGAGUUGACGUUGUGGAGUCUCAUGAGCGACAGUGACGGAUGCCUGAAACAGCCAACUAUUGGGGGAAUAAAAACACUAGUCGUUUUGAUGAUUGCUCAUGGAACUGGUAAAUGCCAACAAAACACCGGCGCUGAACAAAGAUCAUCAACUUUUGGAUUUCUGUGUUCAGCAUCUUGCCUUAAACUUCUUUUCAUUGCUGUUCAAAAUAGGAUACAUUUUUUUCUUCUUCUUUUUUUACAUGUGAGGUGUAUGCCCUUGUUUUCUUUCUUUUUUUUUUUUGUUUUUAUAUAACAUCACACAAAAGGUAGAGUCCGAGUACCUUGUUUGACUUUAACCUGGUAAGAAAAUGCACAAAUUGUACAGUCUAAUUAAAGAGUGAGAUAAAGCAUAAGAUAUCAGAGUGCCUGAUGAGGAUUAUGUCCAUUUUUCUCACCAUAUAUUUUUUUUUCAUUUAUCUGCAAAUCUUUGGAUUAUUUGUGUAGCUGAUUAUAGGCAUAUAUGCUUUGAGAAAAAAAAACAUUCAGAGGCCAACAUUAGAAGAUAAUUAUUUUGUACAUGUCUUGCUUUAUUAAGAAAAAAACCCUAAAUGUUUUAACAGGUCUCGUAUAUAAAAAAAAAAAAAAUCACAGCUUUUUAAGGGGAACUCGUAGAGGGAUUUUGACUAUAAAAUGUAUAGAUUGGAUGAUCUAAGUGCCGGCAAUCAUUUUGGCACAUCAGUAUUUUCAAAUGGUGCUUGUUUUGUUUAAGAUUCCAUUUAAGAUGUGUUUACUGGCAUUUCCUGCUUACGAAACCCUAAAAAAACAAAGCAUAGUCCCGUUUUUGCAGCCGAUGGAGCUCAGGCCUGGUUUUAGCUGUCGUUGCACUCCAGUAACAAACUCAUGAACACCUUCCAGUGGUUACCCGCCAGUUUUUUUCCCCCAUCCUGACAUGGGUAAAAAGGUAGGAGGAAGGAAAUGUUUGCCAUGUUUCUUAGCUUCUCUGGCAUGUUGGCUAAUUUUUGUAUCUGUAGCUGUUUUUUGUGUUUCAAAGGAGCUUUUGAGCACAGUUAUUCUGCCCUUUUUUGUCGCUCUCUAAUCGAACAGGUGUGAUGGUGUUCAAUGAGUGCAUUUCUGUUUAAUCAAAAGGCCUCGUCAACUUUAUCUUAAUAGGCAUUAAUAUGCGUAUUUUUUUUUUCUUCCAAGUUUUGUCAAAUUAUUUUUCUCUUUUUGCAUGAUAUCACCUCCAUUAAAGAUUUUAUUAUAAUCAAA